UUCAUCUCCUCUCUCCCCCUUUUCCCCUUCUUUAUGUCCAAAAAUCCUCCUUUUCUUCCUUGUUCUUGUUCCUGUUGAUAUUCUCUAUUUGCUUUGCUGAACUAUAAGAGAGCUAAGUGGGGAAGCUUUAAUUGCAUCCUAAAACUCAACUGGGUAUUGAGAAAAGACACUGUUUCCUCUUCUGGGGUCUUUAGUUCUUCAAUCUUUUAAUUGGGGUUAUGGAGAAGCUCAAUUUUGUGAAAAAUGGUGUGCUUAGAUUGCCUCCGGGGUUCAGAUUCCACCCCACGGACGAAGAGCUUGUAGUUCAGUACUUGAAGAGAAAGGUGUUUUCUUGCCCUUUGCCUGCUUCGAUUAUUCCUGAAGUUGAUGUUUGCAAGGCUGAUCCUUGGGACUUACCUGGUGAUUUAGAGCAAGAGAGGUACUUUUUCAGCACCAGAGAAACGAAGUACCCAAACGGGAAUAGAUCCAACAGAGCCACCAGCGCCGGUUACUGGAAGGCUACCGGAAUAGACAAGCAAAUUGUGACCUCCAAGAACAACCAGUUGGUAGGCGUGAAAAAAACUCUGGUUUUUUACAGAGGAAAGCCCCCACAGGGCUCUAGGACUGAUUGGAUUAUGCAUGAGUAUCGCCUCGUCAGUACAGAGCCUGCUGCCGGCAAUGCAACACCAAAGAAGAACCCAACUCAGGGUCUUACAGAAAAUUGGGUUCUCUGCCGUAUAUUUUUGAAGAAGAGAAACAGCAAGAACGAAGAAGAGAAUGUGCAAAUGCAAAUUUCUUGCAAUGAAAAUGGAGUUCGUAAGCUCCGGACAAACAGGCCGGUGUUCUAUGAUUUUCUUACCAAGAACAGGACCAAUACAGACUUGAAUCUUGCCCCUAGUUCUUCAUCCUCUGGCUCCAGUGGAAUCACAGAGGUUUCGAUCAAUGAAACAGAGGAUCACGAAGAAAGCAGUAGUUGCAACAGUUUACCUUAUUUUCGAAGAAAACCUUGAAAUUCCAAGAUAAGCAAGGAACAGUUGGUUGCCAUAUUACUCCUGUAAUCUGUACCAGUAAAUUUGGAAUUUUUCGGAUGUAGCUAAGUCAGAAUAACCACUUAAGCAAAAUCUAAAGAUGUCUGGUAAUUUUAAGGUUUUGGGUCUCUUAGUUUGUGGUUAUCAGAGGUAGCAGAAACAGAGAUCAAAAGAAUGAAAUGAACAUGAAAGAUUAGAGUAAUUUGAAGAGCAACCAAUCCUGAAUCUUUUACCAGAUGUUACUAUGUAAUGAUCCUCAAUUUCCCAAUCUUAGUAAUUUUACUCUCCUUUAGUCUUGAUGUUGUUUUUCAUUUUGAUUUUCCUAAAUAUAGUAUUAGUUGCAAA